AAAAGAACCAGGAGAGAAAACGGAGGGGAGGAGAAAAAGACAGCAGCAAGCCCACUUAGGAGGACGUGGAUCCGCUGGACAGGAGGACGCUGCUGCUUCAGUGAGGUCCUUGUGAUUGGAUGAAGAAACGCUGAUGACCAGUAUGGACCUACUGCAUCCUGGUGUUGCCCACAGUCCUUAGUUCUCUGAUCUGCAGCUCAGUCUACUGAACUCUGAACUGUGACCAGUGCCAGCGACUGACUCCCUGCCAGAUAUACUGUCUUCUGCUACAAUGAUGUCAGUGGAUGUGACCAAUCGUAAUGGCCCUGCUGCCACGCCUCCCACCUCACUCAGCCUUCGUUCCUCACACAAUCAGCUCCUCAGCAGUGAUGUCAUCAAACAGGGCUCCGCCACACCUCCCAAGUGUCGCAAGAAGUAUGCACUUACCAGUAUCCAGGCUGCCAUGGGCCUUGGAGAAGCAGUGUCACCUUCAUCAUCACCAUCAUUGUCCCCAUCACAGUCUGCGACCCCUAACAAUCCCAAACUAGCCAAGAAUGGAGUUAACCAGCUCCGUAAAGCUGGUCAGGACCACAACAAAAACACAAGUGGCCCUGACCCAAUGGACCUUGAGUGUAAUACAGAAGCUAUAGCAGAUGACCUAAAUGUAAACACCAUAGAAGAACACAACAGUUACUCUCUCACUAACAAUGACCGAGACGACCGGGACCUGCAGCCGCAUCCUGGUAGUGAUGCAGAGUGUGAGCAGGAAACUGAAUCAGACAUAGAUUGUAACAUUAACACCACUGUGGAGCUCAAACUGAAUAGCAGCACAGCCGAUUUGGACUUUGACUUUAAUGUUGAGACAGAGGAGACUGAUGACAUCAGCAUUCUGUCUGAGAAGGAAAUCAUGUCUAAGAUGAAAAUUGAGGAGGAUGUGGUGGUGGAGGAGCACGAAGAUGAGGAGAAGAAACCUUUGCUGAUGCAAAGUGAAUCCCAGGUGAAGAGUCAUAAAGUUUCUCCAAGCUGCGAGCUCAUCUCUGACCUCCACUCCAGCCUCAAGCUCCUCCAAUCAAGCAAGAACUCUGGGGUGCCUCCUCCUCCUUCCUCACAAAGGCAAGGCAGCCCAGAGGAUACUCCCCUGCUGUCUGUGGCCUCCUGCCCCUCCUCUUCCUCCUCCUCUCCUGAGACAAAGAAGGACAGAAGAACUGGUGCAAAGACAGACUGUGCUUUGAACCGCAUCCAGAUUUUGAACCCCAGCGAUGAAGAGUUGAGCUGGACCACCCUCUCCCAGGAAAGCAACUCACCUGAGGAGACAGAUAUCUGGAGUGAACAGUCAUUCCAGACUGACCCAGACCUGCCUCCAGGAUGGAAGAAGAUCACAGACAUGGCUGGUAUCUACUACUGGCACAUUCCUACUGGCACCACCCAAUGGGAGCGUCCUGCCACCCAUCCUCCUCCCCCUGGACAGACCGAGUCUCUGGCCCUUGGAGAUCACACGACUACAACACCACGGAAACACUCCUUGGGUUCCCUCAGCCCCUCGCCCACUCCUGACCACGAGUCUUGUCAGGCAGAGAUCUUCUUUAGGGGGUCGACUCGUUCAGGCAGCACCACUUCCGAUAGUUCGGUGGAGCCUCUCUCCUCUCAUGAACCCAUACUCCCCACAUGUGGAUUUGUCAACAGCUGCUACUUUCCCCGUUCCACCUCUCUGCAGGGGAUACCGGAUCAAGACAGUCGUUCCCAGCAUCAUGAAGAGGAAAACAAGAAACAGGUGUGGAGUGAUUUUGGCGGAAAAAUUGAUAGUGAAGUGUGGAAGGACCUCCAGGCAGCUACAGUGAACCCUGAUCCCAGUCUGAAGGAGUUUGAGGGUGCCACGCUCCGCUAUGCAUCUCUUAAACUGAGGAACCAUCCAGCUGUGGAAGAAAACGAGUCCAGCGCUGUUAACAGUGACCCAGAAGCAAAAUGUUUUGCAGUGCGCUCUUUGGGUUGGGUGGAGAUGGCCGAGGAAGACUUGGCUCCUGGAAAGAGCAGUGUUGCUGUCAACAACUGCAUCCGACAGCUGUCCUACUGCAAGAAUGACAUUCGAGACACUGUUGGCAUCUGGGGAGAGGGGAAGGACAUGUACCUGGUGCUGGAGAAUAAUAUGCUGAACUUGGUUGACCCAAUGGACCGCAGUGUGCUUCAUUCUCAGCCAAUUGCAAGUAUCCGGGUCUGGGGCGUUGGCCGGGAUAAUGGCAGAGAGAGGGACUUUGCCUAUGUGGCGCGGGAUAAAAACACCAGGAUCCUGAAAUGUCAUGUGUUCCGCUGUGACACACCAGCCAAAGCCAUUGCCACCAGCCUGCACGAGAUCUGCUCCCGGAUAAUGACAGAGCGAAAGAAUGCCAAAGCCAUGGCAGGAGGUUCUCUACAGGACAGAAUGCAGGCAGGACUUGAUCUCCCUUUACAAGCAGAGUUUCCCACACCAAAGACAGAGCUGGUUCAGAAAUUUCAGGUGCUCUACCUUGGGAUGAUGCCAGUGGCCAGACCAAUAGGCAUGGAUAUCCUAAAUGGAGCCAUAGACAGUCUCAUUGGUUCUUCCAGCAAAGAGGACUGGACUCCAGUGGCUCUUAAUGUGGCAGAUGCUACAGUCACCAUCAGCAAAGAUGAGGACGAAGAGGAAGUGCUGGUAGAGUGUCGUGUCCGUUUCCUGUCUUUCAUGGGUGUUGGUCGUGACGUGCACACAUUUGCUUUUAUCAUGGAUGCUGGCAGCCAUCGUUUCGACUGUCACAUCUUUUGGUGUGAGCCCAACGCUGGGAGCGUGUCUGAAGCCGUGCAGGCUGCUUGUAUGCUGCGGUAUCAGAAGUGUUUGGUGGCUCGACCGCCCUCCCAGAAGGCCUGCGGCUCAUCGCCUCCCGGUGACUCCGUUUCCCGUCGGGUCUCAACUAGCGUGAAGAGAGGCGUCCUGUCUCUCAUUGACACUCUUAAACAGAAGAGACCUGUUACAGAGUUACCGCAGUAACACCAAGGAAACAGCACCAGCUUCUCCACCAUAGUCCCUAGUCACCAUGGUAACUCAUCACAUCGCUGCCAAAAUCCUUCACCACCACAGACCCCAGCAUCCAUGGAAACACAGCGGAGCCCCAGGCUUUGGGAAACCUGUUAGAUUUGUUUUGUUCCCUUGU